AUGAUGAAGCUUACACUUAUCGCAGUUCUACUAGCUGUCAUGCACAUGGCAUCGUCGUUCACUCCCUUGACCUUCUCUUCUCGCCAAAGAAGUAUUCUAUUCGCUGGAGAACGGGAAGGAGACUCUGGUGGCGGUGCAGCAAUCGCCAAGCCAGCUAUCAAGCAAGCACAAAAGACUGAGACCAGGUCAAAACAAAAGUCAAAGGCUCAGCAAACUUCUAAGACACAUGAUCCCAUCAGCCGACGCGACGAGGAAUUUGAAGAUGCCCCAAUGUACAAGCUGAUGCUUAUUUCUGACGAAUCCUACGAUGCAGUGCAUGUCGUCGAACGCAUGUGCGCCGUCUUGGAAGAUAUGGAUGAAGAUCAAGCUUCUACUGUCUUUCAACAAGCGAGUCAAAGUGGAAAAGCCAUGUGUGGAAAGUACCCAUUUGAACGAGCUGAACUUUUCAAGGAACAGCUUAUUCGAUCAGACCCCAUGAUCUUUAGCGACAUUGUGGAAGAGAACAAGAACAACUAA